AUGUCAAGGUCAGGUUUUAGCGGAGUAGUUCCUCAUCAACUAGGAAACCUCUCAAGGUUACAAUAUCUUGACCUUGGAAAUGACUUAGCUAGUCGUAAUUCGUCAAGAGCGUUUUUCAUGAAUGAUUUGAGAUGGGUGUCUUCUCUAUCGUCGUUAAGGUACUUGGAUUUAACAGCGGUAGCCAUUGGUAAAGAUAUUAAUUGGUUUCAUCCAGUUAACAUGCUCUCUUCGUUGCUUACAUUGAACCUUCAAUACACUUUUAUCAAUCUCCCUUCCAAUGAAUUCAUCAAUUUUACGUCCCUUAAUUCACUUGAUCUCUCUAGGAAUGACAUCAAUUCCACCAUUCCUAUGUGGUUAUCAAACCUUACUGGCCUCAUGCAUCUAGACCUUAAUCGAAACCACUUCCAUGGUAAAAUUCCUGAUUCUGUUAGAAUGCUCAGCGCUCUUGCCUACGUCGACCUCUCAUCCAACUCAUUUGAUAAUUUGACGGCAGAUCUGCUGUGUAAUAUGAGAAACCUCGUUCACCUGGACCUCUCGGAAAAUUUCUUUGAAACCUCGAUGCCAGAUAUGCUAUCUAAUUUGAGCAGCCUCACUCAUCUGGACCUUUCGAGCAACAUGUUUUAUGGUCCUAUACCUGAAAGCUUAGGACUACUCUCGAGUCUAGAAGACCUAUAUCUUUAUUACAACCAAUUGAGUGGGAACAUUCCCAUGAGUCUUGGGCAACUUUCGAAGCUCAGAAAUCUAGUUCUUUCAGGUAACUCAUUGGUCGGGGUUCUUUCGGAAGCCCACUUCACCAAGCUAAAGAAUCUAACUCAACUGGACUUGGACUGGAAUUCGUUAGGGUUUAAUUUCAGCUCUGGGUGGAUUCCUCCAUUCCAACUGCGAAUGUUUUUUGCCCAUUCCUGCAACAUCGGACCACACUUCCCGUAUUGGCUUCAAACACAGAUAAAUCUUCAGGGGUUAGAUAUUUCUAACUCAAGUAUUAGAGAUACGAUACCAGAGUGGUUUGAGAACAUCUUGUCUGGUAUUAUUUUCUUGGAUUUGUCUAAUAACCAGAUCGGUGGCAAACUACCAGAUUUAUCUAAUAACCAGUCAAGCCUCCGGAUGCUCAGGAUGAACUCGAACAAAUUUGAGGGAUCACUAGCUACAUUUCCGUCAAAUUUGUAUGCUUUGGAUCUCUCAGAUAACUUACUUUGGGGAUAUGUUCCUCAAACAGAUGGAACAUUGAACCUGUUAGAAAUCUUCGAAUGA